GACUGCCCUUCUUGUAUUUAUUUAAACUCUACCAGACACAUUGCAAGUUACAAUUUUUAGCUCAGGAAAUGUAAUAUCUGUUCUGAAUUAUUAGUCUGCAAUCUGAGGAUUUUUCACUCAUUUUUCUAGAUUGUAGUGUAGAUAGAUGUCUUUUUGUGAUCUCAGCAGAAAUUUUGAGUUGGUAGCAAUGUACUAUGCUAUUUUGUCAUGUUCAAUGUUGUCUUGAUUCUGUGGGAAAUAAGUAAUGAAAAGGGUUGAAUUUAAUGGCAUUUUCAAGCAUUUUUGUGAGCAUGUAUGUAUGUUAUGUGGACAACAUGUUUGGUUGUGUAGUUGCAAUUCUUUGAUUUGAGCUUAGGUUGUGUAUUCUUUGUAUUUUGCUUCCAUGGAGCUUUGGAGGUCUAUGGUUUCUGAUUGUUUCACUUUCACCAUCUUUGACUAAUACUGAUUGAGCUUUGCUAUUAUAGUGUAUGUUAAAGGCCUAAAGGGGUAGAUUUGUGCGAAAAAUCGUUAUUGUAACAAGAUUUGGGGGAAAUGGGCUGUGUUGCAUCAAGAAUUGAUAAACCAGAGAGGGUGAGAAUGUGUAAGGAGAGGAAGAGGCUGAUGAAACAGCUCUUGAGAUAUAGGAAAGAGUUCUCUGAUGCUCAGAUAGCUUAUUUGAGGUCAUUGAGGAAUAGUGGAGUGACACUUAGGCAGUUUACUGAGCCCGAGUCCUUGGAAUUCGAGGAAAUGAGUUCUGCUGCUGGAUUCCCUCCGUCCCCUCCUCUUCCGUUGCCACCAUCACCUCCGCCUCCCCCCACUUUUAGCCCCGACCUAAGGAAGUCUGAGGGUAAAUCGAGAGAGACUCAGUCUGCUGUGGAGGAAAUCAUUGAGGUCGAUGAGGAGAGUGGCCAUACGCCACCCCCACCAGUUCCUAGCUCGUCUUGGGAAUAUUGGGAUGUUUUUGGCUCUGCCCCGGUGCAUUGUGAGAAGAGAAGUGAGAUGAUGGAGCUGGGCGAGGAGGAGGAGAAUUGGAAGGAUACGAAUACUGAGUUCAUAGAAGAAGACGAGGAAGAGGGUGUUUUUACUGUUGACGAUGAUGAUGAUGAUGACAUUGAUAUGCCACCUCCUCUUGAGCAACAGGACACCGAGUUUGUUGAUGAUAGCUCGUCUAUGAUGAGCGGGCACACGAAGGACACGGAAGAUAUGGCUAUGGUGGUUUGGAGGGGCAGGAAGAUCUUGCCGAGUGUUGUCAAAGACUUGGAUGAGUAUUUCCUGAAAGCAUCCGCUGUGGUGAAGGAUAUCGCUGUUUUCAUAGAUAUCAACGAAGGAGGCACCUUCCUUUACCAGAGUGCCAACGAGGACAAAAGGAAGAGAAGCAAUUCAGCAAAGGUUUUCAGUGCCUUGAAUUGGUCGUGGUCGUCUAAAUCACUUCAAUCCACUAGAGAAACGGGAUAUAUGUUUGGAUCCGGUGAGCCCUGCAAGCCCGGAGCUCACUGUGUCACACUCGAGAAACUUUAUUCAGAGGAACAGAAACUCUACAAGGAUGUGAAGGAGGAAGAGAUUUCUAAGGUGGAGUAUGGGAGGAAAUCUUUACUACUACAGAAACAAGACGAAGAGCACGACUGGACCAAGGCCGAGAAGACACGCUCCGCGUUUGAAAGUCUGCAAUCUCACAUCUCAUCUCUCCAAGAAUCGAUUGGCAGGUCUUCUUCGACAAUACUAACGCUCGUGAACAAGGAAUUGCACCCUCAGCUGAUCACGCUGGCUUCAGGGCUGAUGCACAUGUGGAAAACGAUGUACAACUCUCAUCAAGUCCAGAGCCAUAUAUCUCAGAAGCUGAAUCAGCUCAUGGAUCAGCAAACUGUGGAGCCGACUACUGAAUCCCAGCGGCAGGCUGCAGGUCAGCUGCAGACGGAAGUAAAGUUAUGGCACCACAGCUUCUGCAAGCUCGUGAAGUACCAGCGUGAGUAUGUGAGAACGCUCUUCAAGUGGAUUGAGCUCACUAACUAUAUUGAAGGUGCUAAUACCCGUCACAGCGAAUCACCAACGCUGCACGCCCUUUUGGACAAAUGGCAGCAAGCACUUGAUAAAUUGCCUGAUAAGAUAGUGUCUGAUGCGAUCAAGUGUUUACAGUCUGCUGUUCACUCCAUCAUCUUGCAGCAGCAACACGAAUGCGACUUGCGCAAGAGAUCUGAGAAGCUUGUGAGGAAAUUGGAGAGGGAACUCGCUUUUCUUGCAGAAAUGGAGAUGAGGUUUGAAGGGAGCGUCUCCGUUGAAGAUUCCAAGCAUCCGUUAAUUGCUAGGCGAGCUAAGGUCCAAGCUCUUAGGAGCUUAUCUGAAGACGAGAAAGUUAAGUACUCGAAUUCUGUUAGAAGGACCAGAGCAAUGAUCCUGAAAAACCUACAGACAAGCUUGCCCAAGUUGUUUCAAGCACUCGUCGUGUAUUCGAGUGCUUACUGCCAUAGCUUCGAGGCGAUCCUCAGCUACACAACAAUGUCAGAAUCCGAAGACAUGCAGACUACAACUUCUGAACUUUUAACUUAGGAAGAUGCAGUUCACAUUGUACUUAGGAAUUGGCAAACCUUUCUGUAACAUGAGCUUUUAUUAAUAUCUAACUGGAUUUGCUUAUCCAGAUUCAGCGUGAAAUUUAAUGUUACAGUUGA